AUGUCGGACUUGAAUAGUAAGGUAGACGUGCUCAUGGUGGGCACAGGAGAAUACACCACUGGAUAUGUAGGAGGCACAGCGGCUGAUAGUGACAAGGGAGCAGGUGUUGUGGCUCUCACCAUGUUUGAUCUUCGCCGAAGAGCCAAAGUGGAACGAGUGGGAAUGUGUGGAGUCAAUGGCAAAAAGUUUCCCGGAAUUCGCAGCCACAUGAAACGAUGCAUUCAGGAUGUCUACGCUGACACCUCCAUUGAAUGCGAUACCUUUCCAAAGGAUGACCAAGUCGAUCCCAAAGCCUACGAGACUGCAGUGAAAACGUUCAAGGCGGGGGAUGUCGCCAUCAUCUUUACGCCAGAUGAUACCCACUUCCAAAUUGCCAUGCAAUGCAUCCAACAGGGCAUGCAUGUCAUGGUCACCAAGCCCAUUGUCAAAACUCUGGAAGAGCAUCAUCAACUCGCCAAGGCCGCCAAAGAAAAGGGAGUCCUGGUCGGUGUCGAAGUACACAAACGACUCGAUCCCUUUUAUGCGGAUGCACGAGAUCGAGCCAGAUCCGCAUUGGGCAAUUUUCAAUACAUGUACGCUUACAUGAGUCAACCCAAGCAUCAGCUAGAGACAUUCAAAGCUUGGGCUGGAAAAUCCAGUGAUAUCUCAUACUAUCUCAAUUCUCAUCAUGUUGAUUGGUCCGAAUGGACCUUGGCGUCCAUUGCUCGUCCCAUUCGCGUCACGGCUACCGGAUCCACCGGAAUUGCCAAAGCCAAAGGAAUUGAGACGGAAGACUCCAUCACAUUGACGGUGCAAUGGGAAAACAUUUCGGACAAGACUCUUGGAACUGCCAUUUACACUUCCUCUUGGGUAGCACCCAAAAGUGACGUACACUCCCAACAACGAUUCUUUUACAUGGGAUCGUCGGGAGAAAUCAAUGUCGAUCAAGCCCAUCGAGGUUGCACUGUUUCCACGGACGAAAAAGGGUUUGCAUCCGUCAAUCCACUUUUCAUGAAGUACACUCCCACCAAUGGAAAAUUCUCGGGCCAACAGAGCUACGGAGUGCGAAGCUUUGAAAACUUUAUCGAUGCCUGUCGGGCCGUCAACGCAGGAGCCAACAAACCACAAGACUUUGAUGACGGAUCCAUUGCCACAGUUCAUACCACCAUGCAAGGAACAGCCAUUCUAGAGGCAGGCCGCAAGAGUCUUGACAGCGACAGUCAACCUAUGGAUAUCCUGUAUGAUGGUGACAGUGGCGAACCCACUGGAAUCCAACCACAUAAAUUCUAGCUUAUGUAAUCCAUCACUUAGUUUUCUAAAGCAAACAUCACAGUACUC